CCGCCCCCGCGCCUCGGGUCUUGGGUUUCCUCAUUCCACUCGCGCUUCUGCAAGCUGUCACUUCGGAGUCCCGGGUCUCACCGAGGGUCUGUCUUCAGGGGACCGGACCUCAGCCACUGCCAUGGCUCCAGUGCUCAGCAAGGACGCGCCGGACAUCGAGAGUCUCCUGGCUUUACACCCUCGCACACAGACUCACGCAGCCCUGCGCUCCACCUCGGCCAAGAAGGUAGACAAGCGGCACUGGAAGAGAAACCCUGACAAGAACUGCUUUGGCUGUGAGAAGCUGGAGAAUAAUUUUGAUGACAUCAAGCACACGACUCUUGGUGAGCGGGGAGCUCUGCGAGAGGCAAUGAGAUGCCUGAAGUGCGCAGACGCCCCGUGUCAGAAGAGCUGCCCGACGAAUCUAGACAUCAAGUCGUUCAUCACAAGCAUCGCAAACAAGAACUAUUAUGGAGCUGCCAAGAUGAUUUUCUCAGACAACCCGCUGGGUCUGACCUGUGGGAUGGUAUGCCCCACCUCAGACCUUUGCGUAGGCGGGUGCAAUUUAUACGCCACCGAAGAGGGACCCAUUAAUAUUGGCGGAUUGCAACAGUUUGCUACUGAGGUGUUCAAAGCAAUGAAUAUACCACAAAUCAGGAACCCAGGUCUGCCACCUCCGGAGAAAAUGCCCGAGGCCUUCACAGCGAAGAUCGCCCUGUUUGGUGCCGGGCCAGCCAGCAUAAGCUGUGCGUCCUUUUUGGCUCGAUUAGGCUACUCUGACAUCACUGUGUUUGAAAAACAAGAAUACGUCGGUGGUUUAAGUUCUUCUGAAAUCCCUCAGUUCCGGCUGCCAUUUGAUGUAGUGAAUUUUGAGGUGGAGCUUAUGAAGGACCUCGGCGUGAAGAUAAAUUGCGGCAGAAGCCUUUCCACGAACGACAUGACUCUUCAGACUUUGAAAGCCGAGGGGUACAAGGCCGCUUUCAUUGGCAUUGGCCUGCCAGAACCCAACAAAGACCCCAUCUUCGAAGGCCUGACGCGGGAGCAGGGCUUUUACACGUCUAAAGACUUCUUGCCGCUCGUGGCCAAGGCCAGCAAAGCAGGAAUGUGUAGCUGUCACUCACCGCUGCCGUCCGUACGGGGAACGGUGAUCGUCCUGGGAGCUGGAGACACCGCCUUCGACUGCGCCACGUCUGCCCUGCGCUGUGGCGCCCGCCGGGUCUUCGUCGUCUUCAGGAAAGGCUUCGUGAACAUCAGGGCCGUCCCCGAGGAGGUGGAGCUCGCUAAGGAAGAAAAGUGUGAAUUUUUGCCCUUCCUGUCUCCGCGGAAGGUCAUAAUCAAGGGCGGGAGAAUUGUGGCCAUGCAGUUUGUGCGGACGGAGCAGGAUGAAGCUGGAAACUGGAGCGAAGAUGAGGAGCAGACUGUUCGGCUGAAAGCGGACGUGGUGGUCAGCGCCUUUGGCUCGGUCCUGCGCGACCCGGCAGUAAAAGAAGCCUUGAGCCCCAUCAGAUUUAACAAAUGGGGUCUCCCAGAAGUGGACCCCGAGACGAUGCAGACCAGCGAGCCGUGGGUGUUCGCAGGCGGCGAUCUAGUUGGCUUGGCAAACACGACUGUGGAGUCGGUGAACGACGGCAAGCAAGCUUCCUGGUUCAUUCACAGAUACAUACAGGCCCAGCACGGAGCUGCGGUGCCCGCACAGCCGGAGCUGCCGCUCUUCCACACGCCCAUCGACCUGGUGGACCUCAGCGUGGAGAUGGCCGGGCUGAAGUUCGCCAACCCCUUUGGGCUCGCCAGCGCCACCCCGGCCACCAGCUCUGCGAUGAUUCGGAGGGCGUUCGAAGAGGGGUGGGCUUUUGCCCUGACCAAAACUUUCUCUCUGGACAAGGACAUCGUGACGAACGUCUCACCCAGGAUUGUCCGGGGGACCACCUCCGGGCCCCUGUACGGCCCGGGACAAAGCUCCUUCCUGAACAUCGAGCUCAUCAGUGAAAAAACGGCAGCGUAUUGGUGUCAAAGUAUCACCGAGCUGAAGGCGGAUUUUCCAGACAAUGUCCUGAUCGCCAGCCUCAUGUGUCCCUACAGCAAGAGCGACUGGACGGAGCUCGCGCAGAUGGCCGAGGCUUCCGGAGCAGACGCGCUGGAGUUGAACCUGUCCUGUCCACACGGCAUGGGCGAGCGGGGGAUGGGCCUGGCCUGCGGGCAGGACCCAGAGCUGGUGCGGAACAUCUGUCGCUGGGUUCGGCAAGCUGUUCACAUUCCCUUUUUUGCCAAAUUGACCCCGAAUGUCACCGACAUCGUCAGCAUCGCGAGAGCCGCCAAGGAAGGUGGUGCAGAUGGCGUGACGGCCACCAACACGGUCUCCGGCCUGAUGGGACUCAGAGCAGACGGCACGCCCUGGCCCUCAGUGGGCGCCGGGAAGCGGACGACCUACGGUGGCGUGUCUGGCACCGCCAUCAGGCCCAUCGCUUUGAGAGCCGUGUCCACCAUCGCGCACGCCCUGCCGGGAUUUCCCAUAAUGGCCACCGGCGGCAUUGACUCGGCCGAGAGCGGUCUGCAGUUUCUCCACAGUGGCGCUUCCGUCCUGCAGGUGUGCAGCGCGGUCCAGAACCAGGACCUCACAGUCAUCGAGGACUACUGCUCGGGCCUCCGGGCCCUGCUGUACCUGAAGAGCAUCGAGGAGCUGCAAGACUGGGACGGGCAGAGCCCCGCGACUGUGAGCCACCAGAAAGGGAAGCCAGUGGCGCACAUUCCUGAGCUCACGGGAAAGAAACUGCCCAGUUUCGGACCUUACCUUGAGCAGCGCAAGAAGAUCAUAGCUGAGCACAAGAUUAAACUGAGGGAAGAGGAUGCGGCUGUUCCGCCCCCGGAGAGACGACUCUUUCUCCGCAAGAAGCCUGUUCCUUCCAUCAAGGAUGUCAUCGGCAGGGCGCUGCCGUACCUGGGGACCUUCAGGGACCUGAGCACCAUGGAGCAGGUGGUGGCCGUGAUCGACGAAGAAAUGUGCAUCAACUGUGGCAAAUGCUACUUGACCUGUAACGACUCCGGCUACCAGGCCAUCCAGUUCCACCGGGAGACCCACCUGCCCAGCGUAUCGGAAAGCUGCACGGGCUGCACCCUUUGUCUCAGCGUCUGCCCCAUCAUCGACUGCAUCCGGAUGGUCGCCAGGACAACGCCCUAUGAACCCAAGAGAGGCUUGCCCUUGGCCGUGAGGCCAUAGCGCUGAGGUGAUUGUCGAAACCCUCCUGCGGGCUCCGAGGCCACCCACACACACGUGUCUUUUUAAUUGUGACCGUGCGGUCCAGCACUUUCAAAUUACAGCAAACACCUAAUUUCCAGAUAGAAAUCUCCUAUCUAGACACAUUUCUAAAUAAUCAGAAAAGCAAGUUGGCUACCGGUGACCACUCAAUGGUUAUAACAUCGCGAGAAACUUCAGUUGUCAUGGCCAUUAAUCCACAAUUUCCAAAUUGCCCUAUGCUUUGCUUUGAUUUCUAAUUGUAAGUGAAAUUAAGGAUUUUAGAAGCAAGUACAAUUAACAUACAAAAAAAAGUGUUUCUGAGGAAACAUUUUAUGAUUAAAAAUUACGCUUAAUUUUAACACUGUUUCUAAGCAAAUAUAAUUAGCUCCAGAAAGCACAGAUGAACAAAGCGAAAUCAUUUUUUACAGUGCCAGGGGAAAAAAAUAAAGCCAGAGGGGGUUCGCAAAACUUUGUAGAAGCCCCUCCGCUGGCGCAGCUCCCUGUUGGCCGCAGGUGCCGAGUGACAGUGUCCGGGAGCCGUCGGUGCCAGGGCCGCCCGCCGCUCAGGCCCGAGACCGGCGUCCAGACCCCACCAGGGAAUCGGCCUGACGUUCCUCGUUAAAUAUUUAAACUGUGCUCCCAACGAGAUGCAAAGUUUGAUUAGAGCUCGGGUGAAAGCCACUUGUUCACUGCGCUCAGAUCUGCUCUCUCUGAUUUUAAUAAUAACCUUCAUUACAGCAAUUAACAUCCUAACAACAUCCAAAUUACACAGCAGCAGGUCACGUGCUGCUCGAUUUGAGAACGAAAAGUGUGCGGUUGGCAGCGUUUGCUGCAGGGGCGUACGCGGCUCCCCCGGUCUUUCUCGGAGCGUGUGUGCUAAGUUUCAGAAGUCACGGAGUGAGAGAGAAAUCUAUUUUUUCUGUGAUUGCCAAACAGUACUUUUGCAUUUCUCUGCUUUUAUAGUCGGGCACGCAGCCCCAUAUACUUUGUGUAUCUCUUCUUUGUGGCGUAUUUUCCUAUGAAUUCAGAACUAGUGAAUCUUUAAGGCACCGUUCAUGGCAUGUUUCUGUGAUGGAUGCCAGGCAGAGAAGACGUUUCAUGAUGCACUUUUCGAAAUGAGCACUGACCGCCAAAUCUCUGUGAUGCAAUAAUAUCAAAUAAAAUUCCACCAAGCACUGGAA